AUGCUAUUAAAAAGUACAUUAAAAUUGUUAAAUAAUCCAGUUAAUAGAUUAUUAAUCAAUCGUAUUAAUUCAUUCAAUUAUGGCACAGUUACUAGUUCAAUCAAUUUGGAUUUUCUUAAAAGGGACAAAACGAGUAAAGCCAUGAAAGCAUAUCUCGAGAGAGCACAACAACACGACGAAUUCAUGAAAACACAAAAUGAGGAAUUCAAGAUUGGAAAAAGACAUUUAGCUAAUAUGAUGGGUGAAGAUCCGGUGAUUUACGAGGAUCAAGAAAAGAUUGACGAAGCAAUUAGUUAUUUGAUGCCAUCGGCUUUAUAUGACAAAAGAGCACGUCCGAUGAUGAAGCCUCCAGAGAAGAUCUUUCCCGAAAGAAAAGCAGCAGAAUUCGACGAAACUGGUAGAGCUCACCAUUUUCUAUUUUAUACCAGCAAGCCUAACUUCUUUCAACUGCUUUACGAUGCUGUCGAGCAUUUGAAUGGUCUUAAUAAGUUCGAGGAUAAUAUGACAAGGCAACAGAAAUCGGUUGAUCCUGCUCUUAGGCUGGAAUUGUCUGGUUCGGAAUGGAUUAAUCAAGAUCAGUUAGAACUGAAGUUGGUAGAGAAUAUUCAGCCGGUUGAAUACAGAUAUUUUGUGAAUGUAAUGAAUCGACUUAUUGAACAUCCUUAUUCUUUCCGCGUAAAAGAUUUUAUCGACAUAUAUAGGAGGCCUUUGAUGAAUCAAACAAUUAUUCUGGAUAUUCCAAAACCUCAUAUUGAUAAAGAUGGAAAGAGUUUUAUCACAGUUUAUGAGUGUCUGAGGAAAAAGGCUAGAGGGGAUGUCACUGUUAGAUUUCCCGGUUCUGGAAAAAUUUUGAUCAAUGGACAAGAUGUAACAUACUUUGAAUACGAUCAAAGUCGAGAACAGAUUUUAUUCCCUCUCAUAUUCACUGAAAUGCUGGAUAAAGUAGAUAUUGAAGCAAAUGUAGAAGGUGGUGGACCAUCAGGUCAAGCUGGAGCUAUUCGAUGGGGAAUUGCUAUGGGCUUAAGAAGUUUUGUUGAUGCAGACGUGGUUGAGAAAAUGAGAUAUGCUGGUCUCCUUCAGAGAGAUUAUCGCCGUAGAGAACGUAAGAAGCCUGGUCAAGAAGGAGCUCGUAGAAAGUUCACAUGGAAGAAGCGAUAAACAAAUAA